AUGGCUGAAUGGGGAAAAGGUGAUCCUCGUUGGAUUGUAGAAGAUCGUCCAGAUGCUACAAAUCCAAAUAAUUGGCAUUGGAAAGAAAAAAAUGCUACACAAUGGUCAAAAGAUAAAUUAAAUGAAUUAUUAGUUGGACUUAAAAUUGAAAAUGAUGAAUAUACUUGUGAAAUAAAAGAAUUAAAACGAUGUUCCGGUGAAGCAUCAGCUAAUAAUCGAAAAGCAAAACUUGUUUUUCUUUAUGAAUGGCAUAUCGAAGGUAAAUGGGAAGGAUCAAUGCAUACAGGAGAAAAUCGAACAACAUAUGAAGGUUCAUUUGAAAUACCAAAUUUAUCUGAUGAAAAUAAUAUUGAUGAAGUUAAUAUAACAUUUUAUGCUGAAAAAUCAAAAGGUGAAAAAUUAAAAGAAAUAAUGAAAAAACACGGUGAAUCAUUAAUACGACAAAAACUUGCUGAUUAUAUUCGUUUACUUAAAGAAGAAUUUUCUCAAGGACUUAUUUUACCAACUAAAAAUACUCUAAUAACUACUAAUACACAAUCUAUAUCAUCAAUAAAUAAUUCCAAACCUAUUAUCCAUACACAAUUACCAAUCAAUCAAAAUAAAUCAUCAAUUAUGACAAUGCGUGAUAUAAAACUUCAUGAUACAUUUAAAUGUACAAAAAAUGAAUUAUUUAAAGCAUUUUGUGAUAUGAAUAAAGUUAAAGCAUUUACACAAAAUAGUGUUUCACAAUAUGAUUGUAGAAAAGGUGGAUUUUUUUCAUUAUUUAGUGAUAAUAUAACAGGACGUUUUAUUGAUAUUGUACCUUAUGAUCGUAUUGAUAUGUUAUGGCGUUUUAAAUCAUGGCCUAGUGAUCAUUAUUCACAUGUUUCAUUAUUAUUUUAUGAUGGUACUGAUGAGACAAAACUUGUUAUACAACAAACAGGUGUACCAAGUCAAUUUUAUGAUAAUACAGUGGAAGGUUGGAAACGUUAUUAUUUAGAAAGUAUUAAAUCAACAUUUGGUUAUGGAUCACGACUGCUUUAA